AUGGCUACCGUCAACAUUCGCCGGGAUGUUACCGAUCCCUUCUACCGCUACAAGAUGGAGAAGAUCCAGUCCAAGAUUGAAGGCAAGGGCAACGGUAUCAAGACCGUCAUUGUCAACUUGGCCUCCGUCGCCCACUCCCUCAGCCGCCCCCCUGCGUACGUCAUCAAGUACUUCGGUUUCGAACUCGGUGCCCAGGCCAAUGCCAAGCCCUCCGAUGACCGUUGGAUCAUCAACGGUGCCCACGACGCCCCCAAGCUCCAGGAUUAUCUUGAUGGGUUCAUUUCCAAGUUUGUGCUUUGCAAGAAGUGCAAGAACCCCGAGACCGAUGUGAUCAUCAAGGAUGAGAAGAUCACCUUGGACUGCAAGGCCUGCGGUCAGCGCACCGAUGUCGACCCCCGUCUCAAGCUGAGCACCUUCAUCGUCCGCAACAACCCCAAGGGUGGUAAGAAGGAGAAGAAGGACAAGAAGGCUCGCCGUGAGCAGAAGAAGGAGAAAUCCGCUGCCAACGGUGACCAGGAUGCUAGCCCUGGCGACAGCAACAACUCCGAGAACGGUGACGAGAAUGGUGAUGCCGAGGAUGCCGGCAGCGAUGAUGAGCUCACCCGCCGCAUCAAGUCCCAGGCUGAGACCAUCGGGGCGGAGGUUGAGAUUAAGGAUGACGACUGGGCUUUCGACGUGUCUGAGGAGGCCGUCAAGGCUCGUGCCAAGGACCUCCCCUCGGACCUGAAGCGCUCUCUCGUCUUGGAAGAUGACGAUGACGAGGCUGAUGGACCUUCCUCCUACGAGCAGCUCGGCAGCUGGAUCGUGGAGACUGCCGAGGAGAAGGGUGGCGUCACCAAGGUCAGCGACAUCGACAUCUACAAGAAGGCUAAGGAGUUCGGCAUUGAGUCCAAGCACAAGACCGUUGCCGUCCUGGCCCAGAGCAUCUUCGACGACAAGAUCGCCAAGCAGGUCGAGGACCGCGCCCCGCUCCUCAAGAAGAUGAUCACCUCCGAGCGCCACGAGAAGGCUUUCCUCGGUGGUACCGAGCGUUUCGUCGGCCAGGACCGCCCCGCUCUGGUCACCCAGGUGCCCGCCAUUCUGCUUGCCUACUACCAGAACGACCUCGUGUCUGAGGAAACCCUCAAGGCCUGGGGCGCCAAGGCUAGCAAGAAGUACGUCGACAUUUCUACCAGCAAGAAGAUCCGCAAGGCUGCCCAGCCUUUCCUGGAGUGGCUGGAGAAUGCCGAGAGCGAGGAUGAGGAGGACAGCGAGGAGGAUAGCGAGUAA